UAGCAUUUAGCAUUAUCUUCUCACUAGGUCACACUCUCUCUCUCUAUGCAGGUGGAAACCCUAGAGCCCUAAUUUUAGCCCUGAAAUUCUUAGUUUUCCUCUCUCUCUUCUACACUUGUGUUUCUUUCGGUUCCUUCUGCAACUAGAUUCAUGGCUUCUAUUCAGUUUGCCGGUUCCUCUGUUUCAAGCAGAAGCCUUCCCUCUUUCGACGGACUGAGACCCUCUCUUGUUAGGGUUUCUUCUGUGAGGCCGUUGUGCCCAGUCUUCAGGAGUUUCAGAGGCCUUGUGGCCAAGGCAGCCACGGUUGUGGCCCCAAAGUACACGAGCAUCAAGCCUCUAGGUGAUCGAGUCCUUGUCAAGAUAAAGAUUGCGGAGGAGAAAACUGGUGGUGGCAUUCUCUUACCCACAACUGCCCAGAGCAAACCGCAAGGAGGUGAGGUUGUUGCUGUGGGGGAGGGCAAAACUAUCGGCAAAAACAAAGUGGAAAUCAGUGUUAAGGCUGGCGCCCAAGUAGUGUAUUCGAAGUAUGCAGGGACUGAGGUUGAAUUCAAUGGUGCGAACCAUCUUAUUUUGAAGGAAGAUGACAUCGUUGGUAUUUUGGAGACCGAUGAUGUAAAGGAUCUUAAGCCUCUCAAUGACCGUGUCUUGAUCAAGCUUGCGGAACCAGAGGAAAAAACAGCUGGAGGUCUGCUUUUAACAGAGGCAACAAAGGAAAAACCUUCCAUUGGAACAGUGGUUGCAGUUGGGCCAGGACACUUGGAUGAGGAGGGGAACCGAAAGCCGCUAACACUCAGUCCCGCUAGCUCUGUUUUGUACUCGAAGUAUGCUGGCAAUGACUUCAAGAGUGCUGAUGGAUCAGAGUAUGUAACUCUCAGAGUGUCCGAUGUGAUGGCCGUGCUCUCUUGAUUGAGAGAGAUGCGAUUCCUUUUGCAGCUAGCAUUUCCUGGGUGAGUCUCCUUGAAAUGUAUGUCAUCUCAUGCAAGUGUGCCUUGUAAUGACCCCAGUUUCUUUGAUAAUUAUUGCGGCGCUUUGAAUUAUAUAUAACUUGCUUUCUCUCACCUUUUUGUGCCUGUGGGUGUGUUGGGCACCAUUUGAAUAAAUUUGACCUUAAAUAAA